UACCGUACUUGAUAUGGUAGUUGAUUAAUCAGUAUUAACCACCGUAUAUUAUACGGUAGUUAAGUUACAGUGGUUAAAAAUACAUUUUCCUGUAGUGGCUCUUGCUCUGGAGUAGCACACCGCGAAUUUAUGGCACUGCGCAAAUAAUUUGCAUAUUUUAAUUAUAUAGAGCGCUUAAAACCUCGAAUCCUUUGAUAUCUGCCCAAGGAAUAGAGCUGUUGUUUCUUUUCUCCUCUUAUGGUGUUGUUGCUGGUUGUAGUCGUUAAGAGGCGGUGAACAGAGGCUUUGGAGAGGGAAGAUAUUCAGAUGUUGAAAAUUGAUGAAGCGGCAGGGUUGGAAGCAAAGCAAGUAGAAGAAGCUUUGUUGGAUUUUUUCUUUUUAAAUUUUGGAGAAAUACCGAGAAAUUAAGAUAGGCAUUUCGUAUGGAUGAGAGAUGUGUGGAUUGUGAUUAUGGAUGUUCAAACGGAUUGGUUACCAUGGUAGCCAUAUUAACCGGUAGCAUUCGCUUAAUUUGGUUUGGUUAAUUUGGAUAAUUGGUUUGGUUAAAUUAUUUAGCUAAUUUGGUUUAGGUGGUUUGGUUUGGUUUCAACACUGCUAACCGAUGUAAAAAAAAAACACUGCUAACCAAUGAAAUCAAAUAACCAAUUAAUGAUACACCUAAUAUACAAAAUUAUCUAUACUUACAUGCAACCAACCAAACCAAACUUUCGUGAUUCCCUAUUGUAUUUCCAUGUGCACAACAAACCAAAACAUUAUGGAUCAAAAAUUAAAUGGGUCUGCCUAUAUUUACUAAACUAAAACAUUUUGGCUAGACUUUAGGAUUACGUACAAUACCAUGACAACCACCUCAAACUAUGUAUAGUUUAAGUGUUUUGUAGGAGAGCUUUAACUUCCUAAUCAGGGGUAUUGGUUUGUAUUUAUGUUUAGGGGUUUGUUGUAAGCUACCUAUAUUAGGUGCAAAGAUGAUGAAUGAUGUAUUAACUCGAAUGAUGAUGAUAAUUAUGGAUGGUUAGUCUUAUUAUUAUUGUUUAUAUAAAAUGAUAGUUUAUGUUUGUUUUCAUGUAAUUAGGGCUGGCAUUUCGGUUAGUUCGGUUAUAACCGAUAACCGAAAUGCCGGUUACCGGUUAACCGAGACAGGAGAGGUGACUAUCGGUUAGCCGGCAAACAACCGGUCGAUUACCGGUUAGUUGCUCGGUUAACCGAAGUAACCGCGGCUGGGCACUAGCUUUGAUGAGGAAUCAAAAUUGGAAAAAGAAAGACAGAUGCUAAACCAAAAGCCGCAAGCAAUCCCUAACCCUUUUGCUUUAAUUAUGCAUUAGAUAGAUUCCUGCCCAUCAUUUUGAUCCCCUCCCUUUACAUUCUCCCAUUCUUCACUCUAAUCAUCAAUUCGAAGAAUGAAGUUCUGGCUCCUAAGACAAAAUAAACUUACAUAAUUUAAUGGCUACAACAGAGGAGCACUGGUCGCCGUUUGGUAAAUGGCGCCGGCGAGCAGAGGAGGCAGGUCGCGGGCUCGCGGUGACGGAAGGAAUUGGAUGGUUGGCGGGCGGCGGCGAUGGCGGAGGGUCUCGACUCUCGUCGUCUCGCGAUGGCAAGCGGCAGCGGCAGGGAGCAGCAGCAGGCGGGAGGCAGUGCCGGCAGGAGGCUCUCGGCUCCAGCCUCCACUCUUGGAUCUCGGCCUCUCGCUGCGUAGAAGAGAUUGAGGGAUUGAGGGUCUACAGUGCGGCGUCAAUUAGGGUAGAGGCCCUAGGGAGAAUCUUGGACACGGCGGCGUCGUUUUGCUUGAGGCAGGAUAGUUGUGCCGGUUAGCCGGCUAACCGGCGGUUAUCACCAUCGGUUAGCCGGUUAACCGGCACUACCAGGCUCGCUACCGCCAACCGCCCGCAUCUCCUUUUUUUGGUUAUUCGGUUAACCGGUAACAGCUGGUUAUCGGUUUAACCAGCCGGUUAACCGACAACCGAUAACCGAAUGGCCAGCCCUACAUGUAAUGUUAUGUUAUUUAGUUAAUCCGAUUAUCUGAUUAACCAAACCAAUUAAACUUUGGUUUGGUUAAUUUGGUUUUCGUGUUAAUUUGGACGAUUUCGUUAAGACAUUUUAUUCCAUGGUUAAUAAAAUUUAGGCUUAAUUGGUUUGGUUAUUACCACAGUAACCAUUUGAACACCUCUAAUUGUGAUGGCUUUGUAGUUUGCGUAGGAAGUAGAGAAAGAGGAGAGUUAAUAGUUUAUUAUUUGAUUGAGUAAAAGUAUUUAUCUUUCACUAAUUGUAAUUUGUAAAAGGAUCGUUUAUAGUCUCAAACAAGUGACUUCUAUAUUCUAAAGUAUUUAUCUGUUGAGUUAAUCGGGGUAUAUGUAUUUGGUAAAGUUAAACGUUUUUCUUUAGUUGAAGAUUUUAAAUGAUUAACCUUACCUUUAUAUACUGUUUUGUAUAAAUGAACUCAAGCUAAUUAAAGAACAUGAUAUCAGCAAGUGCGAUAGGGGGUACAAAAAUUUAUAUGCGUUUAUAUGCAAUAAUCAAUUUAAUGGUUGUAUUUCGAAUAUUUAGAUUUACGCUAAAUUGCUUUAUUUGGUAAUUUCUUUCUCAUUCUUAUUAGUCAUAGUUGCAUCUCUGUUUCAGGUAAACCAUGAAUAAAACACCUUUACAACUCUCUAGCUAUUGUGAAGUUGAAUUUUUGUUUAUCUAAAAACCUGUAUUAUUUCAUUCAUAAUAUCGAUCAAAAAUUGUUUGGUUGCAUUCAAAGAAGCAUUGAGUUUUUAAAGCUGAAUGCAUCUUCAAAUUUAGUAGGUAUUGAUUGCCAUUAACUGCCAUAAUUGUUUGGUUGUGUUCCAUGAAGAACCGAUUUUUUAAUGCAGCCGACAUCUUCAAAUUUAGUUGAUUAGUGGUUUGCGAUUGUUAUUAACGGGUCCUUCAUUUCUUUCCUCUUCCUAUUCCUACAACAGUACAAACGUGUUGGUUGGGUUCUAUGGUUUAGAAUCAAUCUAGGAUCGGCCCUCAUCUCUGUAACAAUUGGUAGUCAUGUUUGGCUCUCAAGAGGUCGAUGUACUUUCACAACUGGCAGAAUUUGUUAAUUUUUUACACUUACGUUAUGUUCAUUAUUUUUCCAACGCUUAACAGGUUUAUGCGAUUGUUUUAUCUUCCCCCGGGUUGAUGAGAGCCCUUUUCAACCUAAAACACCGUCCAAACACCAAAUUGUUUUCAUAAGGGACCGCCUUAAUCAAAGAUGAUUAACUCCUUUGUCUGACCUUUCCAUGCAUGCACUUUAAAAUAAGCAAUUUCUAUAUCAUAUUAUAAAAUAUAUAUUUAGUCAUUGUUGUCAAAUAUUUGGUCACUGAAGUUCACUAUAUACAACCAAAUUAUUUAAAUUUGAAUUAUCUUUUAUUGCACCCUUGCUAAAUCCUGUAGUGUGUACAUAUAUAUAUAUAUAUAUAUAGACAUAACUUAAAUAACUUUGUUAUAUGUCACUGCUUAUGCUAGACUAAGGGAAUGAAAAAAACACUAUUAAAAAGGGCUAUGAUGAAGUUGCCAAACAAUGUGCCAAUAUUUGUUCAAUUGCAAACUAACUUCACUUCGACUUUCUCAUUCAACCAUGGUAGCAUGUUUCCAAAUCUUCAUUCGUUGCAUGGACCUAUCUUCAAUGUAAUAUUAUAUACAUAAAUUUUCAUUAUUUUU